AUGAGGAAGCUAGUGCUCCGUUUACUGCUUCUGCUUGCAUCGGCCUCCCCCAUAUCCAGCGCGGCUCAAGAAGAGGGAGAGCACGAGGGUGCAGACCACUCUUACGUGGUUAACAAUCUGACGAUUGCUAUCGUAGCUGUCAUCUUGAUUCUGACAUUGAUUUUCGAGCUAACUCAUGAAAGCAUCGUCGAAGCUCUUGAGCACAAGCAUCUGCAUCACGCGCUCGACAUUGUUAACGCUGUGAACAAGGAAAUGACAAUUCUGGGUUUCAUUGCUCUCCUUUUGUUUGCAAUGACUCGGUCUGGGUUUGUAAUGCGGGUGAGUGAUAAGCUGCUGGGACAGACAGAGCUCGAAAAAGUUGGAAUUGGGGAGAUAAAAAAAGAAGGAGGCAAUCCCUACGCUGCCCCAACACCGCUGUUCGAACUCUUCGAACAAGUACACAUUACCGUCUUCCUUCUGAUGGUUGCCUUCUGUGGUGCCAUUGGUCUGUUAUUAGUCGCUGCGGUGGUCGAAAUCUCUCGAUGGAGAAGGUACGAAUCCAUCGAAUUCAUUGAGUUACAAAGACGGGUGGAAGAGGGACGAAUAUCUGAGGAUCAUCUUAAGUUCUGGUUUCUGCAAUACAAGUUUGUCAAUCCCUCCAAUCCUCUACUCGCUCACCCGAAAUCUGGCUUCUCAUUCGGCGAAUACCUCUCAGAAAGGCUGACAGCUCUCAUCGCCCAGCUUGUGGAAGUUUCGCCCUCCACUUGGAUCACCAUUAUGGCUCUCGCUCUGCUCGUACGGCCGGUUUUGGGUUUCGGUCCACGAGGCACUGUAAAGUUUUUCUUUGCUUUGGCUGGCGUCUUGGCUUUCUCCACCGUGCUCCUCUACAUCUUCGUCUCCAGACUGCUAUCACAUCUCUGGCCAGGUAGUGCAGCCGUGGCGAAGCACAUCGAGAACGUCACCAAGCCCGGCUAUGUAGGCAGCCCCGGAGAAGCCCCAAUUGACCAGGCCGAACCAGUAGUGAAAAACAACGCAGUCUGCGCCCUCGUACAAGGGACAAAGGCGGUGAACUGCCAGGAGGCGCUGUUUUGUUUGGGAUCGAAAGGUCACCGAGUCACCCGGAUUGUCAUUCAACUACUGAUCUUCGCCCAUGUCGUUACCAUUGCCUGCUUGGCGAAAAUGAUGCUCUCCGGUCAUUCUCAGCACGUGAUAUUCGAGCCAAUGGGUUACUGGACCGGUUACGUUCCACUCCUCAUUGCCGCAGCAAGCCUUUUCGCAUUCCCCGCUAUCACCGCCAAAUUCUCCACGUUCACCAGCGUGGGCUAUUUCGCCGAUAACGAGGCCCUCCGGCGAAGUAGCGAGAAGCUGCAGAGGCGCAAACUUGCCCGGUACUAUCAAAUUCUACACUUCCUCCAGCACAAGGCGAACGUUUUCUUUGCUCGCCAGCAAAACAACAUAGAUGACGAGAUUAGACGGGCAAAAGAGGUGUACGAUUCACUUCCCGUGGUGACUCAGAAAGGGUAUCAAGACAUCUUCCACGCUUUUUCAUCCAAUGGCGAACAACCUCGGGUUCCUGUUUCAAACCUCUUUCUCAUGAUGAAGGCGUUUGAGCUGGACCAGCGAGUGCCAGACUGCAGACGAAAAAUAGAUGAAUGGAUAGCUAUCUUGGAUACUAAAAAGAAAGGAGAACUGACAUAUCCGCAGUUUGUUACCCUUAUGUUAUUUCUUCUGCAAGAUGAAGCCCCUGAAAUGAAAAACCGAGCAGUAGAAGAGCGACGGCUCAAGGAUCUGUUCAAUGCCAUUGACACUGAUGGAGAUGGCUUUGUGACGAUGGAAGAGCUCCUCGGGCAGUUGCACGGGCUCAAGCCAGCCGUUUCAAGAGGCGAAGCUACCGAGCUGAUGGCUGAGAUUGCGGGCGGUCGCUACGGUGAAAUUGUCAGGCCUCACCAGCUCUUCACGUGGGUUCGCGCCAUGGAAGAUCGAGCCCAAACACUUAUGCCGCAGGCUGACGCACCUCACCACUGA